UCUCUGGCCUGAGAAUUUAAGGAAUUUCUUCUGGUGGCGAAUUUCGGCGAAUUGGUGAACGUCAAAACAAUUCUGCACAUAACCACACUUAAAUUGUAGUCAAUAUUGAGAGAACUCCGCAAUAAUGAGUGAAGACGGUGAGAAAAUAGAGAUUUCUGUGGCGCCAGUGAAGAAGGAGAGGCCCAACAAGAAGGAUAAGAGGAAGAAGGACAAGCAGAAGCCCCUGACAAAGGUGGUUAUUCGGCGACUGCCGCCCACAAUGUCCGAGGAGACAUUCAAGGAGCAAAUCAAUCCCAUUCCUGACCACGAUUACUUCUACUUCGUGCCUGCCGAUUGGACGCUGGGCUUGAAUUCCUCAUGCCGAGCGUACAUAAACUUCUUGCGUCAAGAGGAUAUUUUUAUCUUCAAGGAGAAAUUCGAUGGAUACGUGUUUGUUGACACCAGAGGUGCUGAAUAUCCGGCUGUGGUGGAGUUUGCUCCCUUUCAGGGUCUGCCAAAGAAUCGGGCCCGCAAGAAAGACGCCAAAUGCAACACAAUUGAGACUGAAUCCCACUUUCUCGCCUUCCUGGAGACGCUCAAAGGCGAUAAUGAGAAGCAGGAGUCAAAGCUGGAGUUUACGUAUCAAUUCCGGGACGAUAAGAAGAUAAAAUCAACGCCUCUGCUCGAAUUCAUUGCCACGAAGAGGCAGGAGAAGCGAGAGGAGAAGAAGCGCAAGGUUGAGGAGAAGCGCCGUGCGCGGGAGGAGGAGAAAUUGAAGAAGAAGAACCAAGUGGCGAAGGGAAUUCCAGCCUCGAUCGCUGAGCAGGAGAAGGAGGGCGAAGAUGAUAUUAUUGUGCGCACAAUUAAAUCUCGAACGGUUGAUAAGCGCAACAAGAAAGACAAGGAGAAGGAAAAGGACGUGAAGAAGCAGGAAAAGCCGCCUCUCGAUGAGAAGGCCAAAGCUGCCAAGGAGGAGAAGGACAAGAAGCGUGCGGAGAGAGAUCAGCAGCGAAAGCUUGAGCGAGAGCGACGCAAUGAGGAGAGGAAGAAGGAAAAGGCAUUGCUGAAAGCCCAGAAGAGUGCUAAUGAAGGUGCUUCUGCGUCCACGGAGGAAGUGAGGAAGGAGGUGAAGAAGUACAGCGAGAGAAGGCGCGAACAGAGGCAAGAGAAGAAGGCUGAAGCCUCAACAUCUGAGGCAAAUAAUGAUGUCGCUAAAGCAGUGGCAGAAAAGGCUGAAACGAAGGAUGAAGAGAAGCCUGUUGAGAAAUCCAAUCGUCAGCUGAAGCGCGAGAAGCUGCGAGAGGAGCGUGAGAAGCAGAAGGAAGAGCGCCAGGCUCGCAGGAUUCGCAACAAAGAUCGCCCGUCUAUUCAGAUCUAUCAGCCGGGCAGGAGUCGCUUGUCUUCCCUGUCCAAGAAGAAUUCAGGAGAUGAUACUGAUCAGGCUCAGCUCUCCCAAUCUCCCACAGAAGCGCCUAAUGAAGCGCCCAUCGAGGCACCAACGGAGGCACCCGCGGAGACGCCUGUGGAAGCUCCAGUUGAUCUGGAAAUUGCAUAA